AUGGGACUUGGGGGGCUUUUCCGUCGGCAUGUACCGUCGGAGAACCCGCAAGGGAGCACCGAGCGCUCUCCAGAUGAGAAGGCGCUCGUCCGACGCCUGGAUACGUUUCUCUUGACCUUUGGCUGUUUAUCCCAAGUCAUAAAAUACCUUGAUCAACAAAACAUCAACAAUGCUUAUGUGUCGGGCAUGAUGGAAGACCUCCAUCUGCAUGGAAAUGAGUUAAAUUUAUUCACGACUUAUUUCAAUGCUGCGUACUGUGUUAUGCUCAUUCCUUCUCAGAUUAUUCUGACCUAUGUUCGACCAAGUUAUUGGCUACCCGGUUUAGAAAUCCUGUGGGGAUUAUUCACAGGACUCAUUGCGAUGACCACAAGCGCUAAACAAAUCUACAUCCUGAGAGUCUUUCUUGGCCUUUGCGAAAGCAGUUCCUGGCCUGGAAUGAUGACUCUACUUAUGUAUUGGUAUACACCAACGGAACUCGCAAAGCGCAUGGGCUUUUACCACUCAUGUCAAGCCGUUGGACAAAUGAUGUCGGGAGCCAUGCAAGCUGCAAUCUCCGACACAUUGAACGGAAGCGGCGGUCUCGCUGGCUGGCGAUGGCUAUUUGUCAUUAAUUCCAUCAUCACAGUGGUUUGGGGAUUUGCCGGAUUCUUCAUGAUCCCAGAUUUACCAAAUAAGCCUAAUCCGCGAGCGUUCUGGUUUAAGAAGAUCCACGCUGAACUCUCAAUGGAGCGACUAGCUCGGCAUGGCCGUGCUGAGCCCAAGAAAAUGAGCUGGGCCGGUGCAAAGCGCGCCUUUUCUGACUGGGUGAUCUACUUCAUUGCAGUUCUCUAUAUUGCAACAGUGUUAGGCACAUAUGGAUACGUGUAUUUCUCGCUGUUUCUGAAAGCACUCAAGAAUCCAGAUGGCAGUCCUAUAUGGAAAGUAACAGAAGUGAACGCCAUCCCAAUCGGAGGGUCUGCAAUUAAUGUUGUUUUCGUCUGGAUCUGGGCUCUUCUCUCCGAUGCCCUGCGCACGAGAUGGACUCUGAUUGUUGCACAGGGAAUCAUCGGUAUUAUCCCAUGCAUAAUUAUGAGCAUCUGGACCUCUCAUCCUGACACGGUUCCUAUUUCCGCCGCUUAUGCAUCCUACUUCAUAUCUUUUAUCUGUUUGGGUACAGCUCCAUUAAUAUUUGCUUGGCUAGCUGAUCUCAUUCCGCAAGAUCCCGAGGCUAGGACACUUAUUCUUGGUGUCUCAGUUGCGGGAUACUAUGCUAUCUCAGCUUGGUCACAGGUACUAGCUUGGCCUGCGUCACAAGCACCAUAUUACAAGUAUGGCUGGCAAUCCGCCCUCGCGUUAUUGGUUCUUGUCAUUAUCAUGACAUGUCUCCUGCGUUUCAUUGAUGUGAACUAUCUUCUGCCGAAGCGCAGUUCCUUCUAUGCUACUAUGGAGGGUCAGGCAGCGGGCUCUGGAGAAGAAGAUUUGGGGGCUUCGGUGGCUUCGGUGGACGGCGAGGUUGGAGGAAGAGCGCCCGAGAUCGAUGGGACACGAAAGACUGCCAGUGUCAAUGAGCCGUAG